CUCCUUUUAUAUAUCCCCUCCAAUUUCUCCCAAUUGCAGCAUCAAAAAUCCUUUCCUUCAAACGCAUAUUUUCAUAUCAAAUUGUUCUACAAAUGGCUCGUACCAAGCAAACUGCUAGGAAAUCAACCGGCGGCAAGGCGCCACGUAAGCAGCUAGCCACGAAGGCGGCUCGAAAAUCAGCUCCGGCGACUGGAGGAGUGAAGAAGCCUCAUCGUUUCAGGCCAGGAACUGUGGCUCUUAGGGAAAUCAGGAAGUACCAGAAAAGCACUGAGCUCUUGAUCAGAAAGCUUCCAUUCCAGAGGCUUGUGAGAGAAAUCGCUCAAGAUUUCAAGACUGACUUGAGGUUCCAAAGCAGCGCUGUUGCUGCUCUUCAAGAGGCGGCUGAAGCUUAUCUCGUCGGACUAUUUGAGGAUACAAAUCUAUGUGCUAUUCAUGCUAAGAGGGUUACCAUCAUGCCUAAGGAUAUCCAGCUUGCUAGGAGGAUUAGAGGUGAGAGAGCCUAGGUUUGCUUUUAGGUGAUUGAUGUCUGAGGCCUAAGCUUAUUUUCAUUUUGAUGUAUUAGAUUUCUCUGCAAAUGUUUGAUGUAAAUCGAUGCGAUUCUAAAGGAUGCCAUAUAAUUUCAUGAUUUUUGAUUAAUGAGAUUGGAGCUGUUCGUUCA